AUGCCAAAAUGCCUUUCAUCGUUGAAUUGUCCAUUUAAAUUUGAUCAACAUUGGAUUGAAAGUCCUUUCAAUGUGUUUUCAGAAAUUGAAGAAGUUGGCAUUGCAAUCAAAGCUACGAAUGAAACUGGAGAUAUUUGCAGAAUUUCGCAACAACUUUUACGAUUCUCUUUCGCUUAUGAAUGGUUCAAAGAUCCUGAGUCAUUAAUUCAUGUAAACUUGAAAUCCAAUGAAGGUCUCAACUGCAUCGUCAAUUUAUGUGAAGUUCGUGCACCAUUGAAAGAUGCUGUCAUAAUGAAAUAUGAUCGUGAAGAAAGAUUCAACUUUCCUUCAAGACUUGUCGUUAAAUUCACAGGAAAACUUUUCCAAGAUGUAAUGAAAGAUGAAAAGUGGAAUGAAGUCAAUCAUCAUGGCAUUGUCAAAGCCAUUUUGAGAUUAAUUAAAAGUCUUUUAAAUGUAAUGAAAUGCUCUGAUCUUGAUGACACGUUUUUAUGUUCACUCUUUGGUCAUCUUUCAUCAGUAACUUUGUCAUUACGUUUGUCUUAUCAAGAAGACUUGAAUAACAAUAAUAUAACCAUGGACAGCAUUCCACAUACACAUGCAAGCCUAUUGAAGCUUAUAUUUGCAAUCAUGCUCAAAAUUUCUUCAAUAGUUAAACGAUUGAACAUGGAACAAGAACAUUUGCAAAAUCUCAUGUUCUGGAUGGUGGAAGAAUUGGAUGAAAAUCUUCGAAACAUUAAACCAUUGCCCUGGAUGAUAAUUGAAGAGUUAACAAAGGAUAAAGAAAGUUGCGAAAAGUUUUGCCGUCAUGUUUACGCAAGAUGUGGAAUGACACUCCCAACGGUGUUAUCUUUGUCAGUACAUAAACCUUCAACUCAUCGUAAUCGUCUCGAAGAAAAGAUAAAAGUUUUAAUAAUUGGAAAUAUCAUCGAUCAUUGCGAUAAUCUUAAUGAUGAAUUGAAAUUCAGUUUCAACAUUGAAGAUGAAAGAAUCGUUGUAAGAAAAAUGAAAGAAAAGUUUUUGCAAAUCAAUAAUGUCAGUGCUUGUUGCUUCAUGAUUAGAAAAAUAAUUGCAAAGAACGAUCAGAAAUCUUGUGACUCCAUCAUCAAUAAUAAAUUGGUACUGAAAUUUAUGAACUUUGAAGUACCAGAAAGAGUUUUUUUAAAAGAAUACAAGGAAAUCACAGAUCGAUUUUUUACAAUCGCUGCGUGUUACAAUUGGAUGCCACUUAUGGAUCAUGUUGUUGAAGUUGUUGGCCAAUGUAAACUUGACUUCGUACUUAUGAUGGUGAAUCCUAAUGAAUACGAGCAUGAAGUAUUUAAAAACUUUAAUCAAGCUGCACUUGAUGUUCUUCUCAUCAUGACUCAAAGCAAAGAUGGAAUGCAAAAGAUUGCAAAUGCAUGUGAUAAUUCAGAAUUUGUUCGUUGUCUGAUGAUUGUAUCGCAUUAUAAUAUGGACAUUGAGAGCAAACCUAAUGUCAUCAUCAGCCAGUUGAAGUUUUGGAACUCAUUUUUUGUUGCAUGUUCGAGCUAUGAAAAUUCGCCGCUUGACAUCAUCAAUAACCAAACGUUCAACAUUUACAACAAUGGAAUUUCAAAGUUUCAUUUGGGUAUAAAUACAUCUAAAUCGAAGAUUUUAGAGGUGUCAUUCAGACAGCAUAUUCAAAAUCCAAUUGAUUUUCUUUUCCUUAAAAUUGUUGCCAUGUUUGAAUAUAUUUAUGAAUCAAAGUUUAAAUCUGAAGAAAAAUUGAAUAUGAAAUGUUUAUGCUCAAUGCUCAUUUCAUUACUUUGCAAAAGAAAUAAAGGAAUUCAACGACUUGUAGUUAAAAUUAACUUGGUUAUUAUAGUCAUAAGAGAUCUCGAUUUAACAUUGGAAAUCAUGAAAGGAUGUGGAUAUCUUGAGACGAUAAAGAAACACGGUGUUAAAGCUGCUCAAGACCUGUCUAUGAAAACACCACACACUGAUGCCAACCUCACGUUGCUGAAAAAUGUAUUGAAAUUACUUUUGAUUUCAUCAAAACGGAUUGAAGUUCGCUUGGUGCUACGACAAGCAAAAAUUUGUUCGUAUGAGAUAACAACUUGGGACAGUGUAAUCAUUGAAUGGUUGAAAUUCACUGAACGCUUCUCUAGAUAUGAAAACACUAAAUGCUUGAAAAGCCAUGUUUCACUGAUUUGCCGCUUGUUCCGUGUUGGAAAUCAGAAAGUCAAAUUGUACUCCUUGAUUAUUUUAAGAAAUUUGUCACUCAUCACAUCCAAUGGUAAUGUUAUGCUAAACUCAAAUGAAUUUAUUGAAACUGUUACUUACAUCAUCCAAAACGAUUCCAUGGCACCAAACGAAGAAAAGAUUAUUGUUUUACAAACUUUACUCAGUAUGUCAACUCAAAGUUAUCAGAUGAAUCGAAUGUAAAAAUCAAAAACUCAUCAUUAUAUCGAAUACUUAAAGAUGAAAUUAACGUUAUGCAGUCAAAGAUCGAUGAUGAGAUACUUUUAAAUCUUUCAAAACUGUUGAAGAAGGUGCUCUACCUAAAAAAUCUUUAAUUAUUUCAAAACUGA